CGCCUCGGGGCUCGAACCAGGAGUGCCGAACCGAGCGCCCGCGGUCGUGACUCGGGGCGCCUCCGGCCAGCACGCGCCGCCGCCUUUCGGGCCAUGGAUGCCGCCCGCGGAAGCCGGCGCUGCUCCAGGCCGCUGCGCCUCGCCGCGUGGCUGCUCCCGCUCGCGUCGCGGGCGUCGCCGCACCUGCGGCUGAAGCAGGGCGCGGCGCCGACCAGCGACUACCAGGUGGACCCGUCGGUGCUCGGCAAUCUGAAGGCUGGCUUCAGCAAGACUCCCGUAGCAAAGGAGGAUCCGUCGAGCGACAUGCCCGUCCAGAUAUCCAGGGCCCACUCGCAGAUCGCGGAGAUUUUCAUUGGGACUCCUCCGCAGAGACUCAGGUGCCUGAUCGACUCUGGCAGCUCCGACCUCUGGGUGCCGUCCAAGAGGCGCUGCACGCGACGACACUCCACUCCGUGCCUCUCGGCACGGCGGCGGAUUUCAACGCUGAUGCGUCGUCAACGUUCCAGCCGGAGAUGGACUACUCCGGACAGCCCAAAGAGGUCGAGCUGCAGUCUAAGAAGUGCGUGGGUGCACCAUCAGAGUGCCAGAUAG